AUGAUAAAACAAGAUAUUAUGGAACUUCAAUCAAAUUUUAAACAAUGCUAUUGUUGUCAAUCACGUUUAACUGGUAAAUCAAUACAAUUUGCUAUACGCAGUCGACCAUUUCGAGAUAUUAAUACUUAUAAACGACCAUGUAGUAUUUGUCGUAAUGUGAUGUUUAAACAAAUCGAACAAACUCAUCAGAUUAAAAACAAUAUAAAAUGUUUAAAUGAAAAUAAAUGA